CAAUCUAUGCCUAAAUUUCCUUUACUACACAUUUUCACACCUCAAACAACAACAACAACAACAGCUAAAGUGCGCAUUAUUAAAGAAAGUGAGAAAAAUGAAGAAGUGGUGCGUACUGCGCAUCAUGCGCACCAUAUAAAAUGUGUAGGAGUAUUAGUGACUUCACAUCUUGUCAUUAAAAGCUAAACUGAGCCGUGUGCGCACAGCGCAUACACCAAAAAAAAAAAAAAAAAAAAAUCAAAGAGAAACUAUUUUUCUAUUCUUUGCACCAAACACACAAAACAAAAGAAAAGGAAAAUCAAAUCCACUCUUUGUUUCUCUCUCUAGAAAACCAAAUCCCCCCUCCCCAAAAAAGAAAGAAAGAAAAACCUGCUGAAAGUGAAAGCGAAAGCUUGAAGGUUGAAAUUGAAUUCAAUUGAAUUCAACGAAAACGUAUAGCUUGUUGUUUGUUGAUUGUGGAAGCAAAAAGUGAAGCUAAACGAAACGAAACGAUGUCGUCUGAUAUAAGCUAAAGGGAGAGUUUGUGGAAGUUGAAGAAGGGUUAGAGAAAUCUGGAUCGGAAGUGUUUGGAGUUGAUGGAAAGGAGAGGAAUGAGAAGGGAUAGUCUGCUAUUGCCGACAGUAGGACCGCCGAUAAAGCGGCGAGCUGGGUUGCGGAGAAAGCAGGCUGGUAGAGGCUCUUAUAGAGGGAGUUAGAGAGAGAGAGAGAGAGAAAGAGAGAAACUCUGAAAAACAAGCACGCUUAGAGAGAGAGAGAGAGAGAAAAAAAGAGAGAGUUUUGUGAGUGAGUUUUUAGUUGUUUUGAUUUUUGGAGGGGUAGUGUUUUAGAGAGAGAGAGAAAGAUGGGUAGUUAUAGUGAGAAGUUGAGGACCCUCUGUUUGAAUACUGGCUGGAAAUAUGCAGUCUUUUGGAAGUUCAAAUAUCGCGCCAGGAUGGUGUUGACGUGGGAGGAUGCUUACUAUGACAGCCAUCAUGAGCAACAUGACUCUUUGGCGAAUAAUUACAGCAGUAAGACACAGGAGAAGUUGCCUGAUGGCCAUUAUUCGCAUGAUCCCCUAGGGUUAGCUGUGGCAAAGAUGUCGUAUCAUGUAUAUUCUCUGGGAGAAGGGAUUGUUGGACAGGUGGCAGUUACUGGAAAGCAUCAGUGGAUCUUUGCAGAUAAGCAUGUUACAAAUUCCUGCUUAUCUUACGAGUACUGCGAUGGGUGGCAAACACAAUUUUCAGCAGGGAUCAGGACUAUCGUUGUUGUUUCUGUUGCCCCACAUGGAGUUGUACAGCUUGGCUCUUUAAAUAAAGUCAAUGAAGAUAUGAAGCUGGUGAAUCAUAUUAGAGAUGUCUUUUUGACCCUUCAAGAUUCUUCUAUAGAGCCUAUUCCUAGUCCAAUACAAUGUAGUAUGAAGAAUUUAUUACGUCUGCAACAUAUGUCAACAAAUAGUUUGGCUUCAGAGAUGAUUCCUGAUGGCUUACAGAAUUUAGAUAAAGCCAUAGACAGAGAAAGGCCAGAUGUUUGGGUUUCCAUGUUUCCAUAUUUUGGGAAAGACAGUGAUAGUUCCUAUGCUUUUCCACCACAUGAUUUUUAUCAGGAAAAAGCAGUUGAAGUGAUCAAUAAUCAUGGGGGGCUUGAGUUAUCCACUUCAGGAGGUGAUGAAAGUGCAAAAUUUCAUUCGUCAAAGUCUAAAAUUGUCAAUUUGGGGCAUCAGAAACUAGUAGGGGUGAGAGUGGUUGAUGACAGGAAAUGUGCAGGGGAGAAUAGUGGCUGCAAAGAUGUGGGGGUGUGUUCAGAAUCCAAUGCCAAUUCAUUCUCACACAAUUCUGCUACUGAUAGUGUUAACUUAUAUGAUGUUAUAGUUCCAGCUGAUAAGGUUGGAGUUGAUUUCACGUACUUAUCUUCAGACCUCCUUGACUCAGCUGUUUGUGACAGAUUUAAGUUGGAUGGUAUAGGUUUUUAUGAAAAUGGUCUGUUGCAGAAACCUGAAUCCUUAGACAUGAAAGUCCAUAAAGAUUUGGACAAAUUGGACUUUCAAACUGAGUCAAGCCAUAUGGAUAUAUUGAACACAUCUUUGAAUUUCCCUGCUGGAUGUGAGCUCCAAGAAGUGCUUGGACCAGCUUUUCUGAAAAAGAGUGAUUAUUUUGAUUGGCAAGCUGAGAAGACUGAAGACAGAACAGCUCUUGCGAUGCCAGAGGGGAUGAGCAGUAGCCAGUUGACAUCUGACUCUCACCCUGAUCAUCUUCUAGAAGCUGUAGUGGCCAAUGUUUGCCAAAGUGGUAGUGAUAUUAAAAGUGAGAAACCAUUCUGUAAACCAGUGCAAUCUCUGUUGACAACUGAAGUCAGUCCAGAGCCUUCUAGCCAUACUGUGCAUACUAUCACGUCAGCAGCUUAUUCAUUUGAGAAGUCCUCUCUUGUAGGGGAUGACAAACAGCACUGCUUGAGCUCAUCGGGGGUUUGUGGUGCGAUAUCUCCAACAGGUUUUUCAUCAAAUUGUCCAAGUUCAUGUAGCGAGCAGCUGGAGAGAUCAUCAGAACCAGCUAAGAACAACAAAAAAAGAGCCAGGCCUGGUGAAAAUUGUAGGCCUAGGCCCAGGGACAGACAAUUGAUCCAAGAUCGUAUUAAGGAGCUGCGGGAUUUGGUGCCCAACGGAUCAAAGUGCAGUAUUGAUUCACUGCUGGAACGCACAAUCAAGCACAUGCUCUUUCUGCAAAGCAUAACUAAGCAUGCUGACAAGCUAAAUAAAUGUGCCAAUUUGAAGUUGCAUAACAAGGAACCAGGUAUGGUAUCAUGCUCUAGUUCUGAACAUGGUUCAAGCUGGGCAGUGGAGGUGGGAGGUCAUCUGAAAGUUUGUUCAAUAAUAGUAGAGAAUCUUAACAAGAAUGGACAGAUGCUUGUAGAGAUGUUGUGUGAGGAAUGCAGCCAUUUUCUUGAGAUAGCAGAAGCCAUCAGAAGCUUGGGUCUGACAAUCUUAAAAGGUGUAACAGAAGCCCAUGGUGAGAAGACAUGGAUAUGUUUUGUAGUUGAGGGCCAGAACAACAGAAACAUACACAGAAUGGAUAUAUUGUGGUCCCUUGUUCAAAUAUUGCAACCCAAGCAAGCAAUGCAACAGUGAUGUCUGGUGACACUUGGGAGAUUUUCAUGAGGGCUUCUCUGUAAAAUAUUGUGAGUCAUAUGUGAUCUUUAAUAGGCUUCUUGAGUCUGUGGCUUUUGUUUGCAAACCCAAAACCACCACCGGGGCCCCCCGGGCCAAAAAGAAAAAAAAAAAACCAAAGAGAGAGGGGAAAAAUGAAAUGGAAGGAAGAUGGGAAAAAACCCAACGAUUAUGUGAAGAUAAUUAUUGUUUCUCUACUUUAAAGUGUGUAAAGAUGCCAUUUAUUGUUUUACCACUGUUUCUUGUUUCAAUUUUUGUUGUGAUUUGUUUGGAAGCUUGAUUCUUCAAAUAAAAAAAGUGCAGUAUUUUAAUGUCUA